AUGCCGAAGAAGGGGAAAGCCCCAGAGUUGUCUCUCGAAGCAGGCCAAAUAACGGUCACAGCACAGCAGAGCCGGUUCCAUACCGAUGCAGUAGAUGUCCCAGUUUCGAAAGAGAUCCUAGUCAAAGACCUUAGCAUCUCAGUUGGCCAACGGGAGAUCGUGUCACAUGCGGAACUGAACCUGCAGGAGGGCAGGCACUACGUUCUCGUUGGUCGCAAUGGCACAGGCAAAUCGACGCUGCUAAAAGCUGUAGCGGACGGAAUGGUACCUGGCAUUCCCUGGAGCUUACGGAUACUGCUUCUCGGCCAGACAGCACAGAGCUUGGAGACCGGAAUUGACAACCUGAGCAUCGCCGAGAAGACCGUACUGCAGCAUGUUAUCCAGAGCAAUCGAGUCCGAGAACGGUAUCUAAGGGAGGCAAGCAUGCUGUCAGCUGCGCUCGAGAACGCCAAGGACCCAAUGGCGUCCGUCAAGGCCUUCCACCAGAUUAGCCAUGAGCGACUUGAGCGUAGUGUCUCCGAAGCUCGCCAGAUCGCCGCACGACGGAGUGGCGCACGUGGACUCAAAGCAAGAAAGGCGCUCAUAGCUUUAGAAGAACAACUCGUCGAAUCGCAGCGCCGCGUUGACGCCGAUCUGAGCGAGAUCGAGCCGUCACAGGUACAUGAAGGUUCUCAAGGGGCUGCCGAUAUGUUGGCUGAGAUCCACUCCGCGCUCGACCUGAUGAACGCCUCAGCCGCUGAAGCCAAAGCCAGAACCGUUCUUCUCGGCUUAGGAUUCUCUACAGAAAGCCUAGACAAGCCCUUGACGAACCUGUCCGGCGGUUGGAAAACGCGAUGUGAGCUUGCAUGCGCGCUGUGUCAGCCAGCCGACGUGCUACUGCUCGAUGAGCCGACCAACUUCUUAGACUUACCAUCGAUCAUCUGGCUACAACGCUACGUGCAGGAACUCGAGGAUACUACAGUCGUCGUAGUCACACAUGAUAGAGACUUCGCCGACGCCGUAGCGGAGGAGCUAAUUGUACUACGCCACCUGGUCCUCGAGUACUUCCGCGGAAACUUGUCCGCUUACGAAGCCGAACGCCUUGUCAACAUAAAAUACAUGACGAAGAUGAAAGAUGCCAAGGACCGCCAGAAGAGUCACAUCGAGAAGACGAUACAGCAGAACGUCAAAGCUGCGAAAAAGUCCGGCGACGACAACAAGUUACGCCAAGCAGCUUCCCGCCAGAAGAAGCUGGACGAGCGCUGGGGCUUGGAGGUCAGCGCGAAGGGCACUCGAUUCAAGCUCAACCGUGACCUCCCGGGCUAUCACACCUCUAAUCGGGCCGACAUCGAAGUGCCGCAAUUUGAUCCGCCGGUCCGCAUAUCUUUUCCUAUGACACCGCCUGACCUACGCUUUCCAGGUUCAAUAGUUUCCCUGGAGAAGGUCUCGUUCGCCUACGGGAAAAAAUCCUCUUCCCUUCUCAAUGAUAUCAGUUUUACCAUGCAUCCUGGCGAGCGUGUCGGCAUCGCAGGCCUCAACGGGUCUGGCAAGACCACGUUGAUCUCUCUGAUAGUCGGUGAUCUCGCACCCAUCAAAGGGACGGUCACGAGACAUCCCAGGGCAACAAUGGCACGCUUCUCACAGCAGGCGGUGGAGCUACUCGAUGGCAUCGCGAGCCAGCAUCACGGUCUAACUGCACUCACGCAUCUGCUAGAGGUCUCUAAUGGAGAGCUGGCUGAGACGGACGCGCGGAAACUCUUGGGUUCAUUGGGACUGCAAGGCCAACUAGCCUCCGAUGUUCCCAUCGUAGCUCUCUCGGGAGGCCAGAAGGUACGCCUCGCUAUAGCGAAGCUGCUGUGGUCGCCUCCGCAUCUGCUGGUCCUGGACGAAGUUACAACGCAUCUGGACGCCGAUACGAUCCUGGCUCUCGUCACGGCGCUGCGUGGAUAUGAGGGAGCUUUGCUCGUCGUGACUCACGACAGGUUCUUCAUGCGCUGUGUGGUAGAAGGGGAGAAUCCGACAAGCAUGUCGCGUGGUCUCCAUGAUGCCUAUGACCCGGAGGAGGAUGAGACAAGCGAAGAGGCGUCUGCAGCGCGGGUCGGUGCCGUUUAUCGUCUGUCUAAAGCACAGUUGAAGAAGCUCGAUGGCGGGAUGCGGCAGUACGAAGAGAUCGCAGCAAGGUCUACGUCGAAGCUGAGAAAAAGCUGA